UUCACCCACCAACCUUAUCUGACAUGACACCCACCGGAGCGACCGACUGUCCCGGGGCGGCCUGUGCUGGUUUGUGUGUGUCUGUCAGCCUCUCCACUGUGGAGAUUUGGACGUCAGCCGUUCUCCUCCAGCGAGUGGAAGUGGUCACUUCACCUCUUCUGAAGUGGAGAGCAGCUCGCCAUAUCAAGGCCCAGCACACUUCCUGCCUGAGGGAUGGGGUGGGGGCGAGGGGCUCGCUACUGUGGACCACACACUUCCAGUGGACGAGUGGGAAGACGACGGAGACACAGCUGUGAAGGAGCCGAGCAUCUGAAGCCAUGAUGGACCUGUGGCUCUGCUUCUGCUGGACCAGCCUCCUCCUCCGCCGAGCCUGGUCCGCUCCAGAACCGGCGCCUCGGUACCACCUGCAGCCCGCGGAGUUGCCCUUCCACCAGGCCAACGCCGCCUGCUCCAACGGCUCCCUCACCACGCUGCGCAGCGAGCGGGAGGCGCAGCAGGUCCUGCAGCUGCUGCCCGCAGCCGGGCCGGGUCACAGGACGGUGUUCUGGGUCGGGCUGGAGAAGGUCAAGUUGGAGUGCGUGAUCCGGGCACUGCCUCUGCGAGGCUUCAAGUGGGUCGCCGACGGCAGCGAGGAGACGCAGGUGAGCCGCUGGCUGGAGGAACCCAAGGACACCUGCACGCGACAGUGCGCCGCGCUGGCGCUGGACGGGAGCCGCUGGGGGCUGGUGCCCGCCUCCUGCAGGAGCCGCCACCAGUACAUCUGCAAGCUGGAGGGCACUCAGCAGCUGGAGCUGGGCGAGCAGACGCCCGGCGUGCCGACGCCAGGUGAGCAGACGCCUGGCGGGAAGACGCACGGCGAGCAGAUGACGGCGGCACCGGGAGCAGAACCCACCCGUGUCGGGAGAGUCCAGCCUGGGAGCAGCCCGGAGCCACCUGCAGCGUCACCCGGGCCCCGGCUCACCAGCCCGGAGGAACCAGAAGCAUCGACGGCUCUCACCCUGAGCGAGCCGGAGCUCCAGCUGGAGCCCUCCGGCCCGAGGGCGGCGCCAGGCUCCCGCGCCUGCUCCACCCCGGAGGUGAGGCGCACGCGCUCCCUGAGCCUGGACCCGCAGGACGUCAACAGGGUGCUGCUGGAGUGCUGGUCCGGCGUCACCCUGCUGCUGGUGUGCUCGGGUCGCCCGGCCGCCUGGCGCCUGCUGGACAACUCCACUGUGGACGGCGCCACCGUCUGCCAGCGCUGCUCGCCGGCCUUCCAGGGGAAGUGCCGCCACUCCUGCCGGGACCUGAACGGGACCUGUGUGUGUCUGGACCAGGACGGCCACGCUCACCAGGAGGCCUGGCUGAAGUGCUCGUCCGCCGGCGAGCAGAGCUGGAUCACCCGGAUCCUGCUCCCCGCGCUGCUGGCGGCGCUGCUUCUGGUGGUGCUGCUGGUCGUCGUGGUGACGGUCAGGUGUUGCCUGAAGCGGCGUGCCAGGAGGCGGGCCACGGAGAAGGGCACUUUUGAAACAGCCAAUGAGACGGCAGCGUGAGGCCACGUCACAAGGAAGGGGGCGUGGCCUCUCCGGGUGGAGAGUAGAAAAACAACAAUCGGUCAUUUUUAGGAUUCAUAUUGGAGAAGCAUCAAUCUGUAGUUUUUCUGUAUUUCAAAAUUAUUUAUAAGGCCGACUGGUUGGUUGAAUAAAAAAUGAAUCAUUUCUCGUCAGUCUUCACUUUUGACAAAUCUUUUUGGAAA